AAAGCCAGCCCGCACACAGCAAUAUUCAAGUCUACACCUACGCCACCUUUUCUUCUCUUCUCUGCUUCACUGUGGAUGAGAGGAGAGAAAGGGUAGGACGGUUGGUGGAGAUUGGGGCAUCAAAAUCCUCUGGUAACGUCUAUUAACUCGUGUAUUUUUUUAUCACCUUUAUUCUCGAUUCUUUAUGGUAGCGUUUCAGGUAUAUUUUCUCAUAUUCUUCUAAAGAAUCCUUUUUUAGUUUGUUUCUCAAUACCCAUCUCCAAGAAUUGCAAUUUUUAACACCCAUUUGCGUCAUAACCAAUACUUUUUUCCUCCAUACUGUAAAUUAUAGUGUUCUUUGCGUACAUCUGGUUUUGAGCGUAUAUCGAAAGCCCGUGAUCUCUGAAAAGAGAAGUAGAGAGCAAAAUUUGAAGCUUUGGUAGCUAUGGAUAGAAAUAGUUUGCUAGUUGUUCGAGAUAGAAACCAGGGUGUGGUGUUCUCUAGUUCUGGUGUUAAACUUCAACUAUUGACUCAAGAGAGUAGUGUUAGGAGCGAUAUAUUUCAUGCCCGUGGUGUAUUUGCUAGUGUCAAUCAAGUAGGAAAGGGAUUUGGGAUCUCUCCAAAUUCAUUAGAAAAUGCCACAAACACAAUAACUCCAGCUGCUAGUAUGCAGAUGAAAUUUGUUUCAAUGCCUGAACCAGUUUUACCGGUGGAAAGGACUCCAGAGUUGGUUAUAAGUGAGGUAUUGGAAGUGGGAAAUAAAGGAAUGGUUAAGGCGACCAAGAAGAAGAAGGCGGCUGGAUUUAAAUGGAAAGUUAAGGUUGGAAAUCAGGCACUGAGAAGGUUGAUCAGUGGGGGAAUUGCAGGUGCUGUAUCCCGCACUGCUGUUGCUCCUUUGGAGACUAUAAGGACUCAUUUGAUGGUGGGGAGUUGCGGGCAUUCAACAAUUGAGGUGUUUGAUAACAUCAUGAAGAACGAUGGUUGGAAGGGUUUGUUUAGGGGCAAUUUUGUUAAUGUCAUCCGGGUUGCACCAAGCAAAGCUAUUGAGUUAUUUGCUUAUGAUACGGUACUGAAGCACUUGACACCCAAACCAGGGGAGAAGCAAAAACUCCCAGCUCCUGCAUCAUCAAUAGCUGGUGCUGUUGCUGGAGUUAGCUCCACAUUAUGCACAUACCCUCUUGAGUUACUCAAAACCCGACUGACUGUGCAGAGAGGAGUGUACAAGAAUCUUUUUGAUGCAUUCUUAAAGAUUGUACGGGAGGAAGGACCUGGUGAACUUUACAGGGGUCUCACCCCAAGUCUAAUAGGAGUAGUCCCAUAUGCUGCUGCCAAUUACUUUGCUUAUGAUACAUUGAAGAAAGCUUACAAAAAGGCUUUCAAGAAGCAAGAAAUUGAAAAUGUCAUGACUCUAUUGAUUGGAUCAGCAGCUGGUGCAAUCUCAAGUACCGCAACUUUCCCACUUGAGGUGGCUCGGAAGCACAUGCAGGCUGGGGCUCUCAAUGGUAGACAGUACCAGAACAUGCUCCAUGCUCUUGCAAGCAUUCUUGAGAAAGAAGGGCUAGCAGGUCUGUACAGAGGUUUGGGCCCAAGCUGCAUGAAGUUAGUACCUGCAGCAGGCAUUUCUUUCAUGUGCUAUGAGGCAUGCAAGAGGAUAUUGAUUGCGGAAGAAGAAGAUUCUUAAUAUGGAAAAGGAGACCUGGUAUUUUGUGAAGAAACCGUGGUUCGAAUUAAUCAAGUUCUCAGGAAGGAAGAGAGGGGCAACGCAUAGAGACAGGACAAUUUCUGGCUUACGAUAUUGCACCCAUUUGGUUUACCUCUUAAUCUAUUUAGGUUUUGACACUAGGAUCUCUUUGAAGGUGAUAAAUUGAGUUGGUUCUUAAGCAUCUGAAUGACCUGCUUGUUUCUUUAUAGUAGAGCAUAAGCUGCUCAGUAUGAUAUUUUGACAUCAUAUAUGGCUGUUAAAAUGUCUUCAAGGCUUCUAAUUCUAUUUUAUACCGUCCUUCCUUGACCAGGUGACAAGUGAAGGUAUGCAAUAUGGUGUUAUUCUCCAUCUUGCUCAAUAGCUCUUGUUAGGAUGUGAAAUCUAAAUAUAUUAGCUUUGAGCUUGAAUGUC